CGGCCAGGAGCCCAGCAUCAGGAAGGGGUUCCGCUGGGCGGCGAGUCGCUUGCAGCCUCUGCCUCCUUGUGUAUGUGUCUAUGUGUGUGAUGUGCCGGUGCGUUCGCUGUCUCCCACACAGCGGAGACACGCCGAGGGGAAGCCAGAGGCAGAGAGUCCAGCUCGGCGAGCAGCCCUAGAGAGGAAGGCGUAAGCUGACAGGAGCAGGGAAGAGCUUUUCCUGAGCCACAUAUCUCUGCAGGUCAAUGGAGCUGGAGAAUAUAGUCGCCAAUACGGUCCUGCUGAAAGCCAGAGAAGGAGGUGGAGGAAAACGCAAGGGCAAAAGUAAAAAGUGGAAAGAAAUAUUGAGGUUUCCUCACAUCACUCUAUGUGAAGAGCAAAGAAAAUAUUUAGAGAGGAACUAUUCCAGCCUGUGUGAGAAACAGCCAAUCGGAAGGCUACUCUUUCGACAAUUCUGUGAAGCUCUGCCCGAUCUCCAGCAAUACAUAAAUUUUCUUGACUUGGUGGCAGAGUACGAAGUUAUGCCAGAUGAAAAACGGGAAGAGAAAGGACAAGAAAUGAUUAGUAAAUACCUCACCCCAGAGACCCCAGAAUAUAUAGAAGAAGUCAGCGAAGAUAUUCUCCAACAGUGUAAAGAAAAACUCGAAAUGGUUGCGUGCAAAGAACUCUUCUGUAACUGCGUAAAAUCAGUCCAUGAUUAUCUCAGCGGACGGCCAUUUAAUGAAUAUCAGGAAAGUAUGUACUUUGAUCGUUUUCUCCAGUGGAAGUGGCUGGAAAGACAAGUCGUAACGAAAAACACCUUUAGGCAAUACAGAGUACUAGGAAAAGGCGGUUUUGGUGAGGUGUGCGCCUGUCAAGUCCGGGCUACGGGAAAAAUGUAUGCUUGUAAGAAGUUAGAGAAAAAGCGGAUAAAGAAGAGAAAAGGAGAAGCUAUGGCUUUAAAUGAAAAGCAGAUUUUAGAAAAAGUUAACAGUAGAUUUGUAGUCAAUUUAGCUUAUUCUUAUGAAACAAAGGAUGCACUGUGCUUAGUUCUGACCUUAAUGAAUGGAGGAGACUUGAAGUUCCAUAUCUACAACAUGGGAAAUCCAGGGUUUGAAGAAGAUCGGGCAGUAUUUUAUGCAGCUGAAAUCUGUUGUGGCCUGGGAGAUCUUCACAAGGAAAAUAUAGUUUACAGGGAUCUGAAGCCUGAAAAUAUAUUGUUAGAUGAUUAUGGUCAUAUUAGGAUAUCGGAUCUGGGUUUAGCUGUGAAAAUUCCUGAAGGGGAUACGAUUCGUGGCAGGGUAGGAACAGUAGGAUACAUGGCACCAGAGGUACUAAAUAAUCGUCGAUAUACAUUGAGCCCCGAUCUCUGGGCUCUGGGGUGCUUGAUCUUUGAAAUGAUUGCAGGCCAGUCCCCAUUUAGAGGUCGGAAAGAGAAAGUCAAAAGGGAGGAGGUGGACAGACGAGUGCUGGAAACAGAAGAAACGUACUCAGACAAGUUCUCUGAAGAGGCAAAGUCUAUUUGCAAGUUGUUGCUAACCAAAGACCCCAAGCAAAGAUUGGGAUGUGCGGGGGGUGGUGCUUCGGAUGUGAAGAAAACCCCAUUCUUCAGGGAUAUCAACUUCAAACGAUUAGAAGCGGGCAUCAUGGAGCCUCCAUUUGUACCUGAUCCACGAGCAGUCUACUGCAAAGAUGUGCUGGAUAUUGAACAGUUCUCCACUGUGAAAGGGGUGAACCUGGACCAGACGGAUGACGAUUUCUAUUCAAAGUUUUCUACUGGCUGUGUUUCUAUUCCCUGGCAGAAUGAGAUGAUAGAAACGGAAUGUUUUAAGGAACUGAAUGUAUUUGGUCCAAAUGGAAGUCUAUCUCAGGACCUCGACAGGAGCUACCUGCCUGAACCACCCAAGAGAAGUCUACUUCAGAGGCUCUUCCGGCGGCAGAAUCAUCAUAGUAAUUCAAACAGCACUACAGGUGUGAAGGCUCAUUCCAAUCACCAUGUGAAUUGCCAUCAAGCUAAUUCGAACUGUGGAGGAAACAGCUAGUCCCAGCUCAUCGUCCGUGUGGAGAAUAUUUGUAUUCUUCAGAUUUUACCAUUUACUGGAACUAUUUAGCGGGAAAGCACCAGUUUCCUGGUAGGGUAUCCAUUCCACACGACAGAGCUACUCCAUUGUAUUUGCUCUAGCUGCCUCACUUCCUCUCAGGUCUGUCUUGGAGGUUGGGAUCAUGAUGUUCGAAACAAGGUGGUGUCUCCUUAGAAUAUUGCAAUAGCAAAUCAAUGAAAAUGGCUACUUGCACGUAUUUAAAAAAAAUAUAUAGCAUUUACUAGAACUGUAUUUUGUCUUUAUUAAACAAAAAAGGAGGUUUUGUAAAUUUCUCUAUAACUGUCUUGGUUUACAUUUUGUACAUUUGUAUUUAAAGCAAGUCAGAAUCAGGAUGUAAAUUUUGUGCCCAGUGCUGAUUCCACAAUGAACAUCUUACCUAUUUUUUAUGAAUUGUGAUUUAAGACUUCCUCAGCAUUUAACAGUGAAGGAGAACUUCUUAACUCUGCAAUAGAACAUUUUUCAUAUCUUUUACCAUAUCUGCACUCAUUUUAUAUUUUUGUAGUUUGUUAUAGCUUGGAAUUUUAUUAAAUAUCCCUCUUUCUUUGGAU